AUGGAUAUCGUAUUUGGCCAGAUCCUGGUUCAAGGAUCAAUAUUUCGUGGUGUUACAGCUAUUAACCCAACCGACUACGUCAAUUCGUCUAGCAACAGUGGCAAUAACACCAACAGCAGCAACAACAACAGUAAUCACAAUAAUUUGGUUUUGGAAAGUCUGCAUAGCAAUCGACAUCAUCACAUCGACAAUAUUAACCCUAUCAACAACAAUCCUUAUUCAUCCUCUCCACCGACUAACCAUCAUUCGGCGAUUGCAACAACACAAAGUGAUGUCUCCACAGCAUCCGCCGCAGUUACAGCGACAACAGGUCACAAAUCAUCUCAUUGCACCGGUAGUCAGGGUCGUGGUGGCAACAGUCCCACAAACCAUGAAAAAAAGAAAUGCAUAGAACUACAAUCUGGCGGUGGCAAUAGCAGCCAUCACAACAACAAUAACCACAAUUUAUUGGACACAACCGCCGACAUAGAUAAGGGUCACUGUUGUAUGGCAACACCAUUGACGAGCAUAUCGUCGAGUGUAUCUUCCACGGCGGUGGUUACGGCAUUGCCAAGUACAGAUAUAACACGUGAUCAAUGGUAUGUCCAUCAUACGCCCACACAUCCUCAACAUCAAUUGCCGGAAGAAUUUGUUAUGUAUGCACCUGCAUUGCCAACCAGCAGUUCCGCCUCAUCCAUUGGUAAAUUUGGCAUCGAAAGUACAACGGAAAGUUAUUUGAAUUCAAGAUAUAACGUGAAUGUCAAAGGAGUGCGACAUGAACGUACCACAUCUUUUUUCGACAUUCCAGCUGUGACGCACCCAUACCCAUGUUACAGAUUUCCAUCAUCACCACCUGCAGGGAUUUUAAAGAAAAACGAUGAAGAAAAUGCCUUUUGCAAUAAUUCGGUCGUUACAUCAUCCCUACAAUUUGGUCAACACUUUCACAAUUCCAAACCCGAACAUCCGGAUUCAACGACUACCUCGCAUCUAACCACCAAUCAUCACAAUCCCACGCCCCACCAUCCACAUCAUUCCCAUCAUCACCACACUUUUAAUCCACACCAUCAUCUGAGUCCACAUCACUCGUCCGCAUUCAAAUUUAGUCAUUCCGGUGUGUUGAGUUCUACAUCACCGCCCAGUGUCUAUCACCCCCAUCAUCAUCAUCACCAUCAGUAUAAUGGGCAGAAUUCAUCUUCGGCAUAUGGUUUGCGGUCAUCUUCGGAUAUCACUUCAUUGGCAUUGGCUCCCGUGUCGACUACAUCCGAUGUGGACGUCAAAUAUGAAAAUCCCUACAACACGGCAAUAUCUUCCACCUACACCCUCAGAUCGGGAAAUUGUGUAGAUUCGUCUACGGGUGUUUCAUCAACCGAUUCAGAUUUCAAAUUGGAGAGUUUGUAUGCGGCUAAUAAUGGCAUCACCACUAGUCACACUGUCAGCCAGCGCAGAGGUUCUCUACAACUGUGGCAAUUUCUAGUCGCCCUGCUGGAUGAACCGACAACAAACUCCAGUUGCAUUGCUUGGACGGGACGUGGCAUGGAAUUCAAACUGAUCGAACCGGAAGAGGUGGCACGUCGCUGGGGCAUACAAAAGAAUCGUCCGGCCAUGAACUAUGACAAAUUGUCACGCAGUCUUCGCUACUACUAUGAAAAGGGCAUUAUGCAAAAAGUCAAUGGCGAACGUUACGUUUAUCGAUUUGUUUGCGAUCCAGAAGCGUUGUUCAAUAUGGCCUAUGGUCACCUAAGUACUGGUUCAAAUGCAACAGGUGUCGCAGCUUCCAAAAUGGACUCCCAUCAGCAUCAACAUAACGUUCACAGUCAUCUAUUGCCAGCGGUAGGAAAAAAUAAUUUAGAGACCGGCUUGUUGCUGAGAGAUGCCAGUGGACAGAAUGUGCUGGACGACGAUGCAGCACAUCGUGAAAGGUCUUCCAUUAAUCAUGUCUCCAUGACGACAAAUAAACAUCACGAACAAUUGUAUUAUGGUAAAUUUUAA